CCCAAGUUCCGUAACUCUAGCAUUUUUGCAAGCCCAAUCCAUGUUCUCACCAGCCAUGCACCAAACAUAUAACUGACGCCGUGAUGACCAGGAGAUCAUAUUUCUUCCUCCAAUCACCACGAGCGUUGACAUUCAUGAGAGUUCGCCGGCAAACGGAAGUGCCCCACCAUGUCGCUCAUGAUCAUGGCCACGGUUGUAGCCCUUGCUCUGUGCUUCGCCCCUGCAAUGGGUGCAGCGGCGACAGUCUCGGCGCGGCGUCCGCUGCGGGGCAACGACACGCUGGUCUCGGCACAGGGCAGGUUCGAGCUCGGCCUGUUCAGCCCCGCUGGCAGCUCCGGCGACAGGUUCUACCUCGGGAUCUGGUACAAGAACAUCCCCGGCCAGACCGUCAUAUGGGUCGGCAACCGGGCAAGUCCUCUGUCUGGCCUCGCCUCCGCUGAGCUCCGGGUGUCCGCCGACGACGGCAACCUCGAGCUCGUCGGUCCCACCGGCGCCUCAGCCUCGCCGGUCGUCGUGUGGUCUUCGAACCGGUCAUCGUCUUCUUCUCUGUCGUCAUCACCGGGGUCGAACACGGCCGAGAUCCGCAACGACGGCAACCUGGUCCUUGUCGACGGCGGGAACUAUUCCAACGUGUUGUGGCAAAGCUUCGACCACCCGACGGACACGCAUGUGCCGGGGGCGUGGAUCGGCGAGAACAAGCUCACCGGCGAGUACCAGACGCUGACGUCGUGGCGGAACGCCCAAGACCCUGCGCCAGGGAUGUUCACAGACAUCAUAGACCCCAACGGCACGAGCGAGUUCUUCUACAUGUGGAACAGAUCCCGCGCGUACUGGCGGAGUGGCGUCUGGACGGGGCAAAUCUUCGAGAGGCUGCCGGAUGCGACGGAGAGCAUCACGUCGUACGAGGAGACGCCUGCGUACCGGCGUCUCACCAAUGUCAUCACAGACAACGCAACCAUCACACGACUGGUGCUCGACCUCACCGGGCAAGCGAAGCUGUACAUCUGGGUGCCCGCAACACAGAGCUGGCAAUUGUUCUGGAGCGCGCCCACCAUGCAGUGCGAGGUGUACGCGCUCUGCGGCGCGUUCGGCGUCUGUGAGCACAGGAGUCAGCUCCCAUGCCGGUGCCCGCCCGGGUUCGCUCCAGUGUCGGAGGAGGACUGGACGCUCAGUGACUGGAGUGGUGGCUGCCGUCGGAGCUCACCGCUGACUUGCGCGCACAAUGUGUCGAUGAUGGACGGGUUCCUAGCGCUGCCGGACAUGAAGCUCCCCGACGGCUCGCUCGCCGUGGGCGCCGCCCAGAGCAAAGCAGAAUGCGAAUCGACUUGCCAAAAUAGCUGCUCUUGCCAGGCUUACGCCUUCUCCUCCGGUGGCGGGGGGUGCACCGUGUGGCAUGGAGAGAUCCGCAACCUUGAGCAGCUCUAUGCGGAUUCCGGCGUCUCCGGGUCAGAACUCCAUCUCCGGCUUUCACAAGAAGGAUUGGAUAUUCUACAUGGCGCAGAUAGCAAGAAACGGGAGAGAACAUUAUGGUUUGUUCUUGGCAUCCCAUUUGCCGGAGUUGCAACAUUGGGCGCAUCGGUGAUACUCGCCUGGAGGUUUCUCCUUGCCCGGCGGAGACGACUGGCCAGCAUGGAAUACGAGAAGGGAUCCUCCUUGACCGUAUAUAGUUACGAGGACCUCCGUGCCACCACGAAGAACUUCUCGGAGCGUCUGGGCGGCGGCAGUUUUGGCUCAGUGUACCGCGGUGUCUUGAAGCGGCAUGAGGGCGACAAUGCAAUCCAAGUCCAAGUGGCAGUGAAGAAGCUUGAAGGUCUUGGUGGGCAGCAGGGCGACAAGCAGUUCCGAGCCGAGGUGAGCACGUUGGGGCUCAUCCAACACGUGAACCUUGUACGGCUCCUCGGGUUCUGCUCCUCCGGCGACGAGAAGAUGCUGGUGUACGAGUACAUACCCAGAGGCUCCCUCGACCGCUAUCUCUUUGACGACGGCGGCAUGAACCUUAGCUGGCGCGAACGAUACCGCAUCAUGAUCGGCGUGGCAAAAGGGCUGGCCUACCUGCACCACGGUUGUCAUGAGUGCAUCAUACACUGCGACAUCAAGCCGGAGAACAUCCUCCUGGACGAGGACAUGUCCCCGAGGAUCGCCGACUUUGGGAUGGCAAAGCUGGUGAGAAGGGACUUCAGCCAUGCUCUGACGACGAUGCGGGGCACCAUCGGGUACCUAGCGCCGGAGUGGAUCUCCGGGCAGCCCAUCAACGCCAAGGCAGAUGUGUACAGCUUUGGAAUGGUGCUAUUCGAGCUCAUCUCGGGACGACGAAACUCUAAAGGAUACAGCGAGGUGGAGGCCAUAGGGAGUGAGAGCAGUGAUUCAUGGACCUUCUUCCCCGUGUGGGUUGCGGGAAAGGUCAUGGAAGGGGAGGUGAGCGCCGUGAUAGACUCGCGACUACGCGGCAACGUGACACCUGAGGAGCUGGAGCGAGCGUGCUGGGUUGCUUGUUGGUGCAUCCAGGACGAAGAGGCGCGACGGCCGAGCAUGGCGCAGGUCGUGCAGGCGCUGGAAGGCGUCGUUCAGGUCCAUGCGCCGCCGGUACCUCCGGCGUUGCAGCACCUCGUCACGCUCACGUGAUCCACACGCAGUUAGAGGGUUCAUUUUAUUUAAUUUUCCCAUUUUGAACUGGCCGUUGGAAUCAUUAAUUGUACGUACUACCCGGUCAAGCUUGGUAAGCUAUUCGAACAACCAACCAUUGAUAAUUGAACUGAAGCGUUAUAGCCAUA